UGAGCUUGAAGUGUAGGUAGGAAGAAGAGUAGAGAGUGUUAACCGAUCAUGAAUUCGCUCCUCCUCCACCACCACAGCCACAUCGCCGCCGUUUCCCUCCAAAUUCCAGCGCCGGCGACGGCGCUUUUACUCGCCCACCACCACCCUCUACAAACCUCUCACUAUACCCUCAAGCCACAAAACCCAAUCAAGAUCAAACUUCACCAAUCCAUCACCCCAAACUCUCAUCACAACCCCUCAACUCAAGACGACGGAAUUCCAGUCGACGAAGUCAAAACCCUCGCCAAAUUCAAAUCCCGUCACAACUACAUCCGAGUCCUAGAAGUAUCCCGUCGAGCCGACCACCCCUUUGCCGGUUCUCGUCUCCUCCUUCUCGACCAACCAGGCAACAUUCACAGCAUCUCCUUCCUUUUCAAAUCUCUAACCACAACAUACUUCGAUGUCUUCGCAACUCUUCCUCCAAUUCUCCCUCCCGGUCCAAUAGGUAUUCUCGGCUUCGGCGCUGGAUCCGCCGCCCGAUUACUCCUAGAACUUUACGACGACAGAGAUAUCCACGGCUGGGAACUCGACCCAUCAGUUAUUUCAGUCGGAAGGGAAUUCUUCGGAUUAUCAAAGCUUGAGAAACAGCACACAGAUAGACUCUUCAUUUACAUCGGCAAUGCUAUGAACGCGACUGUCAUUGGAGGAUUCGCUGGAUUGCUGGUUGAUUUGUUUGGUAAAGGUUGUUUGAUUCCCGAGCUUCAACAGAGGAGGACAUGGGAGAUGUUGCGUGAUAGACUUAAAAUUGGUGGGAGAUUGAUGGUGAAUGUUGGAGGAAGCUGCGUUGAACCGGAGGAUUCGAGACGGAAUGGGAAGACGUUAAUGAAUGAAACGUUGAAGGUAAUGGAUGAGGUUUUUCCUGGGCAAUUGUCUGUGCUUAACCUUGGCAAUAGAAAGGAUGAUAGCUCGAUUGCUCUCACUGGGAAUCGACCCGACGUAGAGGAGUGGAAACAGUCACUGCCUAAGUCUUUGCGAUUUUAUGCUGGCAUGUGGACGCCAUUGAAGAUCGGGGAUUGAUUUCGUAGCUUAAGGUGUCUACCACCUGUUUGUGUUUAUGCUUGAUAGAUAAA